UCCGCCAGAGGGGGAGUCGCGCGCUGACGGCGUCGCCAUGGAGCCGAGGGAGGGUGUUUCCAAACAAGACAUUCGUGAGCAGAUUUGGGACUACAUGGAGUCGCAAAAUUUAGCUGAUUUUCCUCGGCCUGUUCAUCACAGGAUUCCCAACUUCAAGGGUGCUUCUCAGGCUGCUGAGCAUUUCCCACGCUUGCAGGCGUUCAAAAUGGCCAGAACCAUUAAAGUCAAUCCUGACGCUCCCCAGAAAAAUGCCCGCUUCUUCGUCCUGGACAGCAAAAAAACGUUGCUGGUUCCAACACCGCGACUGAGAACGGGGUUGUUUAAUAAGAUUAUACCACCCCCCGGGGCAACGAAAGAUGUCUUGAGAAGGUGUGCCACCUCUGAGGGUGUGAGGAACUACAGCGCUCCCGUGGGCUUGGAUUCCAGGGUCCUUGUGGACUUGGUGGUGGUGGGGUCCGUGGCUGUUUCUGAAAAAGGCUGGAGAAUUGGAAAGGGAGAAGGCUAUGCUGACCUUGAAUACGCCAUGAUGGUGUCGAUGGGAGCAGUCGGCCCGGGGACGCCAGUGGUCACCAUCGUCCACGACUGCCAGGUUGUCAACAUACCUGAAACACUACUUGAGGAUCACGACCUCACAGUGGACUAUAUCCUCACCCCAACGCGAGUUAUCACCACAGGGUGUGAGCGCCCUAAGCCAACAGGAAUCACAUGGUCCAAGAUCAGCUGGGAGAUGCUGGGGAAAAUCCCAAUUCUCAGAAGCCUGCGCUGCAGAGAGGAGCAGGCUGGGAAGGAUGUCACCCUUCGGGAUGAGCCCCGGCACCUUCUGGCCACCCCAAGCAUCGUCAGAAAGCCGCGGGGCCCGCCCCUGCCAGAGCUGGGCUCCGGGCAGGUGGAGGAUGUGCCUUCCAACACUGUUUAUGUCGGGAACCUCCCACGGGACGCCCGGGUGAGCGAGCUGAAGACAGCCCUCGGCGUGCUGGGUGCGGCACCCCUCCGGCUCACCUGGCAGGGGCCACAGCGCAGGGCCUUCCUCCACUACCGGGAUGCCGCCUCGGCCCAGCGGGCCCUCUUCUGCCUGCAGGGCUUCCACCUGGGCGCCAAUGCCUUGAAGGUGGCACGGGCCAGGCAGCAGAGGACCAGCGAUCUGGUGGGUGGCCGCGCGGAAGAGCCUCACCCUGACCAUCGCCCUAGCGUCGCUGACCCAUGACCAUGUCUCGCUCUGGUCCCCAGCGAACUUCGCAGCCAGCACAGCAGGAUGUGGUGGAGCGAGUGCUGCGUGGCCUGCUUUGAGUUCAAGCCUUUCUGGGGAAUCGGCUCCAGUUACUGCCCUGCAGUCCUCAGAGGAGCAGGGAAGUCAGCCCAUAAUGCACGCCCCACCUUCUGGAGCCGGAAAGCUCCACAUCCAGGUUCUGGUUUUCCUUGGUCCUGCAGCCUGUUGGAUGUCACAGCCCUGCUGGUUUCUUGGUUUAGGGGACAGAGUGGGCAAUAAACAAGUAGGAAAUGGC